UGACAACUCGCCUCCGCCUCUCCUUUCCUACGCAGCUAUUGAACACGGCGCCGACGUUUUUCAUGGCCACAACAGCACCAAACCGAACCCGCCAGCGGGAGGCGGUCAUCACCCGCGGACAGAUAGCCAGGCUCAUCGCAGAGGGGAGAAAGGUGGUAAUCGUCGAGGGAAGAGUGCUCAAGGUCGACGCCUGGCUGCCUUUCCACCCCGGUGGCGACAAGGCAAUCCUGCACAUGGUCGGACGCGACGCCACCAACGAAGUCAGGGCAUUCCACUCUGCCGAAACUCAGCACUUCAUGCAUCGAUACCAGAUUGGGCGAGUGGAAGGACAAUGGAAGGACUUUGUGCCUCCUAUCCAGGGCGGCACUGUCUCCCAGCUUGAUGAAGGAUCCGAGACAGCAGAAGAGAAUGGAGAUAUUACACAUGUCGACCAUGACUCGUCUGAAGAAGAGCACUCACAAGAACCUUCGCCACUCUUCGACCCGGCAGAGCGCCCAACAACCUCGCUGAAAAGGCGCAACCCCAGACCGAGAACUGCAAGCGAGUCGUCUGCAACCUCCCUGGAUACUCUUGAGCUUGAUCCAUCUGCAUUGCCGAACGAAAAGGAUUCACAAUUAGCAACGGAUCCAACGCAACGCGACAUUGAAAUCUUCCCUAGCCUCGAUCCUCUCACCCAACAAUCAAUCAUUGAGAAAUACCGCCAGUUGGACGACCGGAUACGAGCAGCCGGCCUCUACAACUGCAACUACACCGCAUACCUCUAUGAAUUCAUGCGAUACGCCACCCUCGCCCUCUUAUCAUACUACUUCCUACGCCAACAAUCCUUCUCCCUCUCCGCAAUUUGCUUGGGCCUUCUAUGGCAUCAACUCGUCUUCACCGUCCAUGAUGCGGGACAUAUGGGCAUCACCCACAACUUCCACAUCGACACCUGCAUCGGCAUCCUCAUUUCCGACUUCAUCGGCGGCCUGAGCGUGUGCUGGUGGAAGCGCAACCACAACGUCCACCACAUCGUCACCAACUCCGCCGAACACGACCCCGACAUUCAACACAUGCCCUUCUUCGCCAUCUCGCCCCGCUUUUUCGAAAGCCUCCGCAGCACCUACUACGACCGUAUCAUGACCUACGACGCCUUUGCUAGAUUCACCCUCCGCUACCAACACUUCCUCUACUACCCCAUCCUCCUCUUCGGUCGCUUCAACCUCUACGUCCUCAGCUGGCAAUACAUCUUCCUCGGCCAAGGGCCACGCAAGGGCCCCGCAUGGUGGCACCGCUACCUCGAAGUCGCCGGCCAGCUCUUCUUCUGGUACUGGUUUGGAUAUCUAGUAUGCUACAAAUCCAUUCCCACCGCCGGGCAGCGCGUCGGCUUCAUCCUGCUCAGCCACAUGAUCACCAUGCCCGUGCACGUGCAAAUCACCCUCUCCCACUUCGCCAUGUCCACCUCCGACCUCGGCGUCGCGGAGUCCUUCCCCCAGCGCAUGCUGCGCACCACCAUGGACGUCGACUGCCCGCCCUGGCUGGACUUUGUGCACGGCGGCCUGCAGUUCCAGGCUGUGCAUCACCUCUUCCCUCGCGUGCCUCGCCACAACCUGCGCAAGGGUCAAGGCAUGGUGCGGGAGUUUUGCGAGGAAGUCGGGAUUCCCUACGCGAUUUAUGGCUUUACGAAGGGGAAUGCAAUGGUCAUUGGUCGAUUGGGGGAGAUUGCGAAGCAAGCGCGCAUAUUUGCCGAUUGUCAGCGGAGCAUGACUGUCAAGGAUGCAUUGGAGGGGCAUUAGAUGAAGCAUACGCACGCCAUGAAAUGAAAUGAAUGAACUCG